AACACAGUGGAGGAAGCAGUGAGGAUGGAGCGGUCCGGUUUCACCCCGAAUGGACCCGGAACCGAUAAAAGGAGCUAAUGCGAACCGGACAGCAUCCAAUAAACACACAGAGGCUAAUGUCAUAGCACAAGAGUAGCAUGCUUGACGUGGGAAAGUGGCCAGUGUUUUCACUUCUGCCUCCUGAGGAACUACGUCUCAUCCGCCAGGCCUGUGUGUUUGGCAGUGCUGCUAAUGAGGCUAUCUACGUGACCGUCAAUGAUGAGGUAUUUGCUUUGGGAACAAACUGCAGCGGAUGCUUGGGUCUGGGAGACGUCCAGAGCACCAUCGAGCCCAGACGGAUAGACGCCCUGUGUGCCAAAAAGAUUAUCUCUCUGAGCUACGGCACAGGGCCACAUGUCAUCAUUGCAACUGCAGAAGGAGAGGUGUAUGCUUGGGGUCACAAUGGCUAUAGCCAGUUGGGGAAUGGUACUACCAACCAUGGCCUGAUCCCUGCCCUGGUGUCCACCAACCUCAUUAAUAAGAGGGUGACUGAGGUGGCCUGUGGCUCCCAUCACACCAUUGCUCUCACCACUGAAGGAGAGGUGUAUGCCUGGGGCUACAACAACUCCGGCCAGGUGGGCUCAGGCUCUACAGCCAACCAACCCACGCCACGCAGGGUCAGCAGCUGCCUGCAGAACAAGGUGGUAGUGAACAUUGCCUGUGGCCAGCUCUGCUCCAUGGCUGUCCUAGACAAUGGAGAGAUCUAUGGCUGGGGCUAUAACUGUAAUGGGCAGCUGGGUCUGGGUAAUAACGGCAACCAACAAACACCGUGUCGUAUCGCUGCUCUGCAGGGAAUCAGCAUCGUCCAGGUGGCUUGUGGCUAUGCACACACACUGGCGUUAACAGACGAAGGGUUUGUUUACGCCUGGGGUGCCAACGCUUAUGGGCAGCUAGGCACUGGAAACAAGAGCAACCAGGCAUUGCCCACAGUCAUCAACAUGGAAAAGGAAAGGAUGGUGGAAGUGGCUGCGUGUCACACCAGUCAUACGUCAGCUGCGAAGACGCAGAGCGGUCAGGUGCUAAUGUGGGGUCAGUGUCGAGGUCAGGCUGUUCCCUUCCCACACAGCACACAUUUCUCCAGCACAGAUGAUGUGUUUGCCUGUUUUGCCACCCCUGCCGUAACCUGGCGUCUUCUCACUGUGGAUGGUGAUGACUACCUAACUGUGGCUCAGUCCCUUAAGAGAGAGUUUGACAGCCCAGAAAUUUCAGAUCUGAAGUUCCUUGUUGAUGGGAAAUGUAUUCAUGUUCACAAGGCUCUGCUCAAAAUCAGAUGUGAGCAUUUCCGUGCGCUGUUAAAUGAGAACGAUGAGGAAGCCAUCGAAAUCCAUCAGUUCUCCUACAUGGUGUACCGGGCCUUCCUGGAGUACCUCUACACUGACACUAUUAACUUGCCACCAGAGGAUGCCAUUGGUCUUCUCGAUCUUGCUACCUACUACAGAGAGACUCGUCUAAAAAGGCUGUGCCAGGAAACCAUUAAAAGAGGUAUUUCAGAAGAGAAUGCCAUCACACUGCUAUCUGCUGCUGUCAAGUAUGAGGCACGGGACUUGGAAGAGUUCUGCUUCAAGUUCUGCGUGAACCACCUGACUGCCGUCACUCAAACCCAGGCCUUUGCCGACAUGGACCACGACCUGCUGAAGAACUUUAUUAGCAAAGCAAGUCGCUACGGGGCUUUCAAAAACUAACCCAGAGCACGAGAAGAGCAGAGAGAUAACUGGAGAAGAAUCGUGGAUCAGGUUUGCCAGAAGCAGGCAGUGUUUCAUGGUCUGUGAAAGAACAAGACAGAGCGUCCUUGGUUUGGAGAAACCACUCCACGGGCUGGCCCUGAUGCUCUGAAGCUGCACUUCCCAGAAUAACAAAAAAAUGCAUUUGUGGUUUUAUAGGCUCUUGGGUAGGCAAACCACUGUGCAGUACUGUGCAAAAGUCUUGGGCACAUAAAACAUAAUUUUUUUUUUUUAAAUGACAAAAUGAAACGUUUCUAUAUAUAAUAAUGGCUAUAAAUUGUGGUGAUGAUUCCAUAAGAGAUAGAAAAGCAAUCAUAGGAUAUGCAGAUGGUAUUGCUUUUACUUUGUCACACUGGACAACAAAACCUUCACGGCAUUUGCUUUUACUUUGCUUUCUCUCUUUAGUGAAAAACAAUCAGCAGGGACUUUAUUAAAAAAAAAUAAUAAUAAUGCUGACUUCAUCUCAGAACUGAGUGUAAUUCCCAAUUGCAGUGCAUUUCAUUUUUCAUAAGGCUGUGAUUGCGUUUCAGUGUGGCACAACUGCAGUACACCAAUGAAACCUGGACUUUGCAUCCAGGAUGCACUUCUGAUCCGAAAUCUGCAUUUAAUUCUUCAACCGGUCCCCUGUUGCUUUCACUGAAGAACGUUUGUUUUCCGAUGCGAUGGGCGCACUGUCCUCGCAUCAGAAAUCAAACAAUACCGCCUGCGUAUUGCAUUUCAUAUUUUCCCCCUAAUGCAAUUGCUUUUCUGUCUGGCAUGGAAUAAUAAAGAGCAGUCAUAGUAAAAUAGAUCUAUAUUGGGUGUAACCGAACCUGAAUCGUUACCUGCCAUACUGUCCUUUUUCCUUUAAAACUGCAGAUUGGCUGGCAAGUUUUUCCUGUAGCUUAGACAACCUGCUAGUCUUUUUCUGGAGGCUGUUGUUGGCUCGGUCUCUUCCCGUACACAAGACUGCUUAUGGUUUUAUCUGAAAAGUGGCCGAUUAAGUAAAUUUUUUUUUCCCCAGUAAAGCAGGAAACAAACAAGAGAACUUUCCGAAAAAAAUAGGAUGCCUGAGACUUUUUCACAGUACUAUAUGAUGAUCACUGGUACAUUUGAAAUGGCUUCAUCCUUUUUUUUUUUCGUUCUUUUUUUUUUUUUUUCCCCUGUAAAAUCAGUUUUCUACAGAUUUAAUAAUGGAAGGAUAUCCCACAACUACAGAUUAACAAGAAUCUAUUCUUUUUUUUUUCUUUAAUCACGUUAAUUGUCUUUAGUCUUACUAAUCAUGGCAACUUUAGUUAAUAGGAGGAAAUUUUCUCCAUUACUAAAGGAAAAAAGAGAUAAGAAUAUAACAUGUUGACAGUCGACAUGGGAUCCAGUGAAAAUGAAUCAUUGGUCACUAUCUCACUUUAAUUAAGUACAUUGUGUGGAUAAUUAAACUAACCACUUAACCAGCAGCAUGUAAAACACUUGUAAAGGUGUUCGUGUUUACUUUGAUUUUUUUUUUUUUGUAAAGUUAUAACCAGUACUGAAAAAUAUUUAAACUGUGCUUUGAAUUUUGCAGUGUGAUAUCCCUUUGUAUUAGACCUUUUUUCAGGCAAGUGAACAUAACUUCUAUUUACUAUUCUGCUAUUCUGUAUGAAUUUAUAUCUGUAUGGUUUUUCUUUUUAAAACUUCGUUACUGAAAGCUCAUAGCAGCAUGGUCAGAUGAAUUGGGUUUUUUUUUUUUCCUUCUUUGUUUUAGUCUGUUGUAGACAUUUCCUGUCCGUUUAAUAUGCACAAUCAUCUCUGAGUCCUGACCGUUUUUCCGAGGCAGGCAUGGAAAGGACUAUGAUACAGGACCAGUUAAAAGUUUGGACACACCUACUCAUUCAUAGGUUUUUCUGUAUUUUGACUUUUUUUUUUUUUUCGACAUUGUAGAACAAUACUGAAGACAUCAAAACUAUGAAAUAACAUCUGGAACAUAUGUGGUAAAGAAAAUGUGUUUCAUAUUUUAGAAUCUUCAAAGUAUCCAGCGUUUACCUUGCCGCUUUGCACGCUAUUAGCGUUAUCCUAACCACCUUCAUGAGGGAGUCACCUGGAAUGCUUUUCAAUUAACAGGUGCCUCGUCAAAAGUUGAUGAGUGCAAAUUCUUGCCUUCUUAAUGCAUUUGAGAUCAAACAGUAAAUAAUAAAAAUACAGUAAAUAGCCCUGUUCCACAACUGGAGUAAUCCAUAUGUCAAGAACCGCUCAACUAAGGAAAGAGAAACGACAUCCAUCAUUACUUUAAGACAUGACGUGUUUUUCAUUUAAUAAAAUAAAGAAAAUCCAUUGACUUAGAAGGUGUGUCCAAACUUUUGACUGGUACCGUAUGUUCUCAUAGGUGGUGUUUACACAACAAAGUAAAAAGGGCAUUAUGUCCACUUUGGGUCACUUAGUAUUUUUUUUUUUCCUUCAUACUUGUUAUAUCGAAUACUCUGUUACAUAAAGAAAGAAGUCAGGAUGUUCUUUCAGGUGAUUGACAACUUUGAUCAUUCAAAGACUUAAAUAAUCAGUCAUUUUGUUAUAGCACUUAGACUUAUAAAGGAAAUGAUAGAACUCUCGUCAAAGCAUUUCAUUCAUAAUUUGCAGGAAUACUUUAACUUCCUGAACUAAAAUGUUUAACUCUAGACUUAUGAAUGGUCUCUUACAUUGGAAUAUAUUAUGAUUGUGCUUGAUCUCUUGUCAUGUUUACAGUGAAGUGGUUCACACAGUCUAAGCAAAACUGUUUCAUCAGACAGUUAAGGUGGUCACAGCUGCCCCCCCACUACAUAACUGUACAUUAUAUACUAUAGGUAGUAGUAUUGUUAUUUGCCAAGCAAUGGUGUGCUGAAUAACUCCUUUUUCCAUGUUUUGCUUGAUAAGGUCUAAUACAUAAACCUGCAACUGAUGCAACCUUCGCUUUCCUUCUUCAAUACAUGCAGGUUGAAGUAAAAAGGAAAAAAAAAAUCAUCAUCAUCAUGAACUUACCUGACUUAGACUUAGUAUUGAAAUAAAACUCAAAAUAUCCAAUUAAUCAUCUAUGGUGUUUCUUUAUAACAUUUCUCUAUGGGCUCCAUAUUAAUAUUUCAUCUUUGCUGGAAUUUUGUAAUUUUUUUUUCCCUUUUAUCUGUCCCAUUUCACUGUUGUAAUAAUAAUAUUAUUCGUCACACGUACACUUGUGAAAUUCCUCUCUGCAUUUAACCCAUCUGAAGCAGUGAACACACACGCAUAUACCCAGAGCAGUGGGCAGCUCUGCUACAGUGCCCAGUGCCUCGCUCAAGGGCACUUCAGCCCAAUGUUAACCUAACCUCAUGUCUUUGACCGGAGCACCUGGAGGAAACCCAUGCAGACAUGGGCACAACAUGCAAACUCCACACGGAAAGGCCCCCGUCAGCCGCUGGGCUCAAACCCAGAACCUUCUUGCUGUGAGGUGACGGUGCGAACCACUACACCACCGUGCCACACCAAUGGGACUCAUGUUGCUUUUAAAACCUCCUUGGAAGUUUGUGUUUAGAGGUUUGGAUCAUGUGUGUUUUCAUUAGUUUUCACUGAGGAAAAAUGGACAUCAUGAGAAAAUGUAUUUCGUUUUUCCAUCCAUCCAUUCAUUAUCUGUAGCCACUUAUCCUGUUCUACAGGGUCGCAGGCAAGCUGGAGCCUAUCCCAGCUGACGAUGGACGAGAGGCGGGGUACACCCUGGACAAGUCGCCAGGUUAUCGCAGGGCUGACACAGAGACAAAUGACCAUUCACGUUCACACUUAGUUAAUUUAGAGUCACCAGUUAACCUAACCUGCAUGUCUUUGGACUGUGGGGGAAACCGGAGCACCCGGAGGAAACCCACGCGGACACGGGGAGAACAUGCAAACUCCGCACAGAAAGCCCCUCGCCGGCCACGGGGCUCGAACCCAGGACCUUCUUGCUGUGAGGUGACAGCACUAACCACUACACCACCGUGCCGCCCCAUAUUUUGUUUUUAUUUUGUUUGUAGUGAACAGUUAAUAUACACAUUUUCUAUUUAAAUCUUAUUGCCUGCUUGGAAGGCAUUGAAAGUUUCAGGUGUGCUCACCUGAUAAUUGCAUUGUAUUUUAGGGUGGAGUUUGCCUUCAAAGAAAAACUAGCCGUGCCUUUUCUCCAUGGCUUAAGAGUCCUAAGAUCACACCGAUAGAUGGCAGUAUUCCAUUAAAACAUGUAAAGUGACUCACUUCUACCUGUGAGACUAUCAGUAAACUGUUCAUAUCAGACCUUAUGAUAUGAUGUGAUCUAGUAUGGGAAUUUCCACUUCACUUCUGUGAGAACAACAUGUACACGUGUAAAGACAUAGUUAACGCUUAUCUUCGGAGAGCGCUGAUACUUUUUGAGACUUUCCCAUCUCGUGUUAUGGGCAAAAUCAUCACUCUUUAUCUUUUCAUCACGCCAACCUUGAUUUUAUAACAAAACAGGAUAUCAUUUGGCCUUUGGUGUUGCCCACAGUUGGUUGUUUCCCAGCACCUUCUUUUCUCAAACACAGUAUUAUUUAUCGCUCAUAAUUAGUUCAGCUUGUAUCUACAAGCUAAUUUGUGCCAAGGAAAACUGCAUGUGUGCACUACAAAUAGACUCAUCUCAUCUCAUUAUCUCUAGCCGCUUUAUCCUUCUACAGGG